CAAAGAAUAUCCAGUGAUCUCCAAAAGCAUCAUGAGGCAGAGGUUGGUGUCCAGUCACGGCCAGCUUUCAACAAAGCCAGAUGUUAACCCACUUCACGGGAAUCACCAGACCCUUCAACAUUAUCAGUAUGAGAACGGUGCUCACAUGCAAUUUGCAGCUUCAGAUACUCAAGAUCUUCCACUCAACACCUUCACAGCACAGAGAGAUUCAGGGCUCUUCUAUCAUUGCCUAAAAAGAAGAGAAAGUGCUCGGCACCUGGACCUGCCCUGCAAACGCUCCUACCUGGAAGCCUCCUCUUCUGUAGGAGACGAUCACUAUUUCCGAUCCCCGCCUCCGUACGAUCAGCAGAUGUUAAGCCCUUCCUAUUGCAGCGAGGUGACGCCGAGGGAAGCGUGCAUGUACUCUAGUUCUGGGGCUGAAAUCGCUGGUGUCUCAACGGUUGACGACUUGCCGCCUCCACCUCCCCCCUUGAGCUGCAAUAUGUGGACUUCUGUCGCACCUUACACCAGCUACAGUGUUCAGACAAUGGAAACUGUCCCUUACCAGCCUUUCCCUGCUCAUUUUACUGCCACCACCAUGAUGCCGCGGCUCCCGUCCAUCACGGGUCAAGGCUCGCAGCCACCAGGUAACAGCCACUUCAGUGUCUACAACCAGCUGUCCCAGUCUCAGGUUCGGGAGCGCGUUCCUUCUUCAUCUUUCCCGAGGGAAAGGGUGCACCCGUCUGUGUGCGAGAGAAAACCCCCCUCUCCGCACCUAAACGCAGCGAAUGAGUUCCUGUACUCACAGAGCUUUUCCUUGUCGAGGGAGUCGUCGCUGCAGUAUCAUUCAGGGAUGGGGACUGUGGAGAACUGGACUGACGGAUGA